AUUGAAAACUCAGUCGCUCGCGGAGCAGUCAGGCAGAGACUCCUCUCGGCUUUUUUUCCCUCCUGCCUAAGGAUCUCCUACGGAGAGCUGCAACAAUGCCCAAAAGAAAGGCUGCAGGUGAUGCGAGCCAGGAGCCAAAGAGAAGAUCGGCUCGACUGUCUGCUAUGCCUGUGCCCUUUACACCGGAGUUGAAACCUAAAAGAGCAUCAACUUCAAGGAAAACGAAGACCACAAAUGUCGUGGAAGAAAGCAAAGAUGCAGGUGCCACAACAAUUCCUGAAACCAAGCCAGAAGUUGUUAAAGGAGAAUGCAACAUGGAAAAUGCUGAAAAUGGAGAAGCCAAAAUUAUUGAGGCACCCAUUUCUAAAAUGGAAACUGAGGAAGUAAAAGAACAGAUAAAUGAAGACACUGAAGGAGAUGGAGGAGAAAAGAAAGAAGCAGUGGUAACAAAAGGCAAAAAUGAUGAGCUAGAAGCAAACAUUCAAGAUGUGGAGAAAGAUGAAGAUGAAAAAGAGCACGAAGAUACAGGUGAGGAGGGAGAAGAUGGGGAAAGGGAAGGAGGCCUAAAAGAGAAACCAGAUGUAGCUGAAAUCGAAGACGCAAAGGAGGCCAAAGAUGAUGAAGAGAAGGAAGACAAGGAAAAAGAAGAUGACAAAGGAGGUGAUGGGAAGAAGGAAGAAGAGAAAGAUGAUGAGGGGGAAGCUGAAACAGAGGAAGAAGUAAAAGAACAACAGAAAGAGGAAACUGAGGGGGAUGAUGGGAAAUGCAAAGUAGAGGAAAACAAGGAAGGCAGAAAGGAAAGUCAGCAUGAGGAAGAAGGAAAGGAAGAGCUGCAUGAGGAAGACGGAAAGGAAGAUCUGCAUGAGGAAGACGGAAAGGAAGAUCUGCAUGAGGAAGACGGAAAGGAAGAUCUGCAUGAGGAAGAAGGGAAGGAAGAUCUGCAUGAGGAAGAAGGGAAGGAAGAUCUGCAUGAGGAAGAAGGGAAGGAAGAUCUGCAUGAGGAAGAAGGGAAGGAAGAUCUGCAUGAGGAAGAGGGGAAGGAAGAUCUGCAUGAGGAAGAAGGGAAGGAAGAUCUGCAUGAGGAAGAAGGGAAGGAAGAUCUGCAUGAGGAAGACGGAAAGGAAGGUCAGCAUGAGGAAGAAGGGAAGGAAGAUCUGCAUGAGGAAGAAGGGAAGGAAGAUCUGCAUGAGGAAGACGGAAAGGAAGGUCAGCAUGAGGAAGACGGAAAAAAGAAGGCUGACGGAAACGAGGAUAGAAAGGAAGAAGAAGAGCAAGAGGCUGCUGCAGAAGGGAAUGAUGAAAACAAGGUGGAGGUGGAAGAAGAAGCUGACAACAAAGACUUCAAAGAAGAUGGAGAGAAAGGGGAGCCUGUGAGCACUGUCUAGAUCUGCCCUCUGUGAGAUCAUAAUUUGGUAACACGUACCUUCCUGUUGUAAUGUUAAUAGAGAUAAAUAUUUUUAUCAGAUAUUUUAUAAACAGUGCUUUUCUUUAGCAUCAUUCAAUCUCAGAUCAUCAUCAUACCAGUUAUUAGUUGCAAAAUACCUAACAUGACACCUUUAUACAUUUUGUGAUUAUAGUAGUGCAAAAUAGGAAAUGUAUACUUGCAACUUUGUGAAUUUCAUUGUGUGUAAGUUAUGUAUUAAAUCUUUGAGUUUCAACUUUAUUCUUAUACGUGGUAAUUUUGCAGAGUAAGAGAAUUCCAAAAGAAAGAGUUUGGCACAACUUUGCUGUAGUUCUCUAGGUUGCUUUUAUAAAGAAGGUCAACUAUUUUCAGGUAAUGCCAAGAGUUAGGAUUGCCAUUACCAAAUAUAACUGUAUUAGUAGCUUGGAAAGAAUAUAAAAUUUUAAUUUCAUUUUUGAAGAAAUUUGAAUGUUUAUUUCAGGAGGGCAGUUUUGACUAUAUGUGUAUGCACAAAGUUUUGCUGGAUUUAUCAUAAUAAAACAGUUCCACAAAGA